UACUGUAUUGUCGUAUAACAUGGACACUCCGUGAAGAUGUGGCCGGGUCGCCAUCAAAAUCCGCGGGCCUUACCAAGUAUAUCCGGAUACCAUUUCCAGGGAUAUAUUGGCGACAUCAGAAGUCUAGCCAGGAGAACCCUUCCAAGAAACCCGCCCAGUAAUCUAUUGAGCUUUUUUGAUGGUUCCGUGACAUCUGUAGCAUGUUCGGAGUUGACACUUUCUCCUGCUAACCUGCUCCAGGACUCCAAGUAUCCUCGAACAAUUCCAGGAGGGUUUACACGGGAUGAUGAUCGACUCGACGCUCUCUGUAAUGGGUCGGAACAAUCGGCGUUCCAAUAUUUCCCAUUGUCGGCACGAGUUGCUUUGCAUAAUGUCGCACCAGCCCCUAAACCGGAGGAACCAAAGCGAAGGUGCACGAAGACUAAGAUGGUUUUUGGAAUGUCUUUAUACUUAGCUGUUAUUGUCCUUGUUCUCAUAAUCACUGUUGCUAUUCUCGCCUCGUCGUUGUCAGCCACGACCGGGCCUCCUCCGUAAGUGCAAUAUCCGAGAGUACAUCUGCCCUCCGGUGAUUCUCCAAUAUCUACCUCCAUCAUUCCCGGUGUUACCAGUCUACCCAACACUGCCUCUCCCACGCCAUCAGUGACUACUACAUCCCCACCAGACACAACCCAAAAACAGUCUUCAUUAAAAACUGUUGAAACAACAACGAUAAUGACCGGUAUUUCUCCCGCCAGCGAUGGGCCUACUACGGCUAUAGUCACUGAGCAGACGACUGCCAUUGCGUCACUCACAUCAACAACAUCGAUGACAAAAACGACGACAAAACAGCUGACUAAACCAAACACACCAAAAUCUAUGCUAACAAGUUCCGCGACGACGUCAGUUAAUUCACCAAUAACUGGAAACCCAGCCAAUACAAUGAAAGUAUCAACUGCUAAACCAACAACGACAUUUAAACCUACAAAAACAACAACAACACCAACAACGACCACACAAUCAAAAACGCCAGCGAGGCCAACAACGACCACGAAAUCAACAACGACAAUGAAACAGCCAACGACCACAAAAGUCAAAACGACAAUGAAACCAACAACAGUCGCGAAACCAACAAAGACCACUAACCCAACAACGACAACCAAACCAACAACGGCUAUGGCACCAACAACGACCACAAAAGCAACGACGACAACAAAACCGACAACGGCAACAACUUCCAUACCACCAACAACGACAAUGAAACCAACAACGACUAGAAAAGCAACGACGACAACCAAACCAACAACGACAACAAAACUAACAACGACAACUACAACAACGCCCACACAACCAACAACGACGAUGAAACCAACGAUGAAACCAACAACGACCGGAAAAGCAACGACGACAACCAAACCAACAACGACCAUAAAACCGACAACGAUAACAGCAACAACUUCCACACAACUAACAACGACGAUGAAACCAGCAACGACCACAAAACCAUCAUCGACCAUAAAAACAACAAUGAAGACUAGUGAAACGAUCACGUCAACAAAGAUAACGACGACAAAGGAAUCAACGACACAGCAACCUUCACUCGAACCACCGGGCCAGACAACCUCUGUAUCCCCCACCUCUACAGUGCCCGUAUGUGAGACUAGCCAGUGCUUCUCUGUGGGGUACGAGAUGUGGUCUAUGAUUGAUACGAAUACUGACCCUUGUAUGGACUUCUACACCUUUGCGUGCGGACAAUGGAUCAUUGCCCGCGAGGAUUUGAUUAGUGAGGGAUACGUGGAUGAAACAGAUACAGCAUACACGAACCCAAUCGACAUGGAUAGUCUGUACCCCAAACUCCAAAGAUUGCUUGAGGAUCCUCUGGACCCCUCUAUAGACAGUGUCUUUACAAGGACAACCAAACAGUUGUACAUGGCGUGUCUGUCGUCAACCAGUGCUUCAAGUGAUAAAGCGCUGACGGAACUGCACGAGAUCCUCGACCCCUUGGGACUAGACGAGUCCCUCCAGUCCUCACUCAGUCUCGAAACUCUACAGAGGUCUGCUGUGACGUCAUUUGGAGUCGGUGCGCUGUUCGAUACAUCCCUCCAACAAAUUGUCAUUGAUGGAGUUAAUACGUACAUUUUACAGUUGGAGCCGCCAUCUCUGUACUUCACGUUAGAACAAUAUCAGACCCCAGUAUCCCAAAACAAGGUCCUACAGAACUACAUUAUACGUGUAGCACAGGCCCUGAAUGUUUACUUUAGCCAAGUACCAGAUUAUGGUGACUACGAUUACAUGCUAGAUCUGAAGAGACGUAAGAAACGAUCAGACGAAUCCUCUGAUAAUGUAAACGACAACGAGGAGUACGAUGAUUACGAUAAUGACCCUGAAGUGCGAAAGGGUAGACGUCUUCUACAGGACGAUGGGAGGACGGAUGACCUGUACACUACAUUAAAGUCUUUGCUCACUACGACACUGGGCAUUGAGAGAAAGCUCGCUAAUGUGAUUUCCCAGGAUCCCUCUCAGUCCGUACUGAUAUCCAUGGAGACAUUGUCGGCGAGGCUUCCGAACCUACAGUGGAGCGACGCUACUGGGGUAACGUCGUCUAGUCAGGUCCUUGUAAAGAAUUAUGGCUACUUUGAAAUUAUUGACGGCAUCGUCCGAGACACAGACCAGGACGUUAUGAAAUUCUUCAUAUGGAUACAGAUCCUGCUGUCUGGGAUAUGGAAGUUCCUGCCACCCACACUCCGGAGAUCAUUGGACGGUCUGGGAGGUCGACGAGAGAAGGACUAUACAUGGGCCGACUGUAUCGACUUUACCAUAGACCUAUUAUCACCAGAACUCCACACCGUUUAUACUGAUCUAUACGUCACACAGAUCAGCCAAUCAGAGAUAUAUCUGACAAGUUUGGUAGGGAACAUUACUUCUUCUUUAGAACAUGCUACCUCCGAGUCCAGUGCUAUGUCAGACGGCACGAAAAUGGUGGCUUCCGAGAUAAUCGGCAGUGUUUCCACCAAACUCUCCAAAGUACAGGAGGUCCGUGACGUAAAUAUCCUUAUUUCAAACGUCCAAGUAAACUUCACGUUUCUGCAGCUUGGCCACAGGUAUACGGUGCGUGCGCACCGACGACGGGUAACAGACAAGCUGUAUACUCCAGUGACCUUCCAAGAACCCCAGUGGUACACAGCCAGGCCUUACUACGACAAGAACACGGCAACCCUGGUUCUGCCGACAGCGAUCACAGCACAGGACCUCCAACUUAAGCCACAGUUCUUCGUCUAUAGUACACUGGGUCGACAGAUAGCAUCCGAGCUUGUGAUACCUAUCUACGGUGACAUGAAUGACAUCAACAUGACCUUGACCUGGUGGGAUGACGUCUCCAUGUCAUAUUUUGAGGACGCCAUGACAUGUUUCUCUGAUGGUGUGACAGACAUAGGAACCGUUACCAAAGAUUCUGUCACAAGUCUGAUAGCCAAAACUCAUUCAGCAUUAAAUGUAACACUGAAGGAAUAUUACCGGCAGACCUUUUCGGACAGUUAUCGAGUGCCGAUGCUGGACUACAUUUCAGAACAGCUACAAUAUAUUUCGUUUGCCCAAAAUUUCUGCGAAAUCCAAAGUACAGAAUCUGGUCAGGUGUCGAGGAAGGUGGUAAAUGACGCCAUCAGUAAUACGUUUGGCUUUGCGGAUCACUUCGGUUGUUCCUCGUCCUCUUUGAUGGACCGUCAAAACAAAUGUUCAGUGUUUGAUUCCGGACAUACACGUAAUUUUAUGACGGUGUAGUAGGACAUGUUCUGUACGACAGUGUCACAUCUGUGUGGUUUUGUGACUGUGUAGUAGGACAUGUUCUGUACGACAGUGUCACAUCUGUGUGGUUUUGUGACGGUGUAGUAGGACAUGUUUUGUACGACAGUGUCACAUCUGUGUGGUUUUGUGACGGAGAAAUCAGACCAGGAUUACAGUGUCACGUUUGAUUUUGUGACUGUGGAAUAUGAUGUGUUUUAUCUGAAAGCGUCACGUUUGAUUUUGUGACGGGAGAAUGAAAGUAUUAGAACUCUAUCUAAAUAUGUUGGAAUCGUUUUCCUACAUAUAUUGACGCACGGAUCUAUUACACCAGGCUACUUACGUAAAACUAUACAUUUUUCUAGUGAUGAGUCAAACAUCAUUUGUGUAGUUUCCUUGUUAUCGUCUCUCUAGCGUUGAAAUGAUGAGAGGUGGUAAUGUUUGUGGUAGUGGUAGUGGUAGUGGUAGUACACAAAUGUACCACGAGUAUAUGUUUUGUUUGUGAUAUUCAAAAUUAAUAAAGAUUUAACCACGAGACAACA